AUGACGAGAUCCUCUGUCUCUUCUCCGCCUUCGUCGAACGAUCAGAGGAAGAAGUCGAGUUUCCAAAGGAGACAGCUGACGGUGAUGAAGAAGGCCGAAGAACUCUCGACUCUCUGUGGAACCCAAGUGGCCGUUAUCUGUUACGGAAAAGACGGAGAGCUUCAGACAUGGCCCAGAGAUUUGUCCAAGGUGAGAGAAUUGGCCGUCAAUUACAUGAAACAGAACGACACCAAGAAACGAAAGAAAUCCCUGAAUUUGUCCGAACUUCGGGGGAAGGCAGAGAAGGGUUGUUUACCAAAAACGAAGUCAGAGAAGGGUUUCGAACUCAAUACCCAAAAGCUCCAUGCUUUGUCUGCUGAAAAAUUGUCGGAGCUCGGGGAUAAUUUGGGACGCGAGAUGAAGACUCUUCAGGAGAGGCUUCGGUUUCUGGGAACGCAAAAACAGAAGAAGAAUGCCGAGGAAAACCAAAGCAGAAACCUUUGUCGCGAUCAAGAAAAUCAAGAACCUGCGAUUCCAUCGGGUCUCCAAGGAAACCACCAGGCAUUUAUGUUGUCGGAUGCGCCCUUCGAUUACCUCAGCGAAACCUGGCUUUCUAAUUCUGAGUUUUUGGGGACGGAGAUCAGUGGCCAAAUUGGCAACAACGGCUAG